CCGCGGGUACAACACGCGCGACGACGGAAAUACAACACGCGCUGCCAUAGCAACAAAAACGCGCGACUACAGCAGCAACCGCCUCAGUAGCGGCUACAACGCGGUCAAGCAACAACAACCGCCACAGCAGCGGUCACCACAGGAGCGACAACAACGCCGCCAUAGCAGCGGCUAUUCAACAACAACGCGCGACUACAACAACAACCGCCUCAGUAGCGGCUACAACGCGGUCAAGCAACAACAACCGCCACAGCAGCGGUCACCACAGGAGCGACAACAACGCCGCCAUAGCAGCGGCUAUUGUAACGACGUCAUGACGCGCGAUAACAACAACAACGCGCGACUACAGCAGCAACAACCGCCACAGCCGCGGCAACAACAACGCGCGACUACAACAACAACCGCCUCAGUAGCGGGUGCAACGCUCGCAAGCAACAACAACCGCCACAGUNCGCUACUACAGCAACAACAACGCGCGACUACAACAACAACCGCCUCAGUAGCGGGUGGAUCGCUCGCAAGCAACAACAACCGCCACAGCGCGGGUGCAACGCGAGACAACAACAAUAACAAUCACUCCAGCGCUAUAACCGAAGCAACUUCAACAACAGCAUCGCCCCCUUCCAAGGCAUGCUGCUACGAGUUGG